AUGUUACCAUAUGUCGAAACAGAAACUUCUUCACCCUUGCCUAUAACCACGACAACAGUCGCCUGGACGAUAGAAACGGAUCCAACAAGAGUAAAUGAAUCUGAAACGAUUGAUGAUAUUACAGCAAUAGACCAUACUUCAACAAUAACAUAUUCUACGAUACCCAUUGAUUCUACAACAAAGAAUAUAACCGAAAUACACACAGCCUCCACAACCGCCACUGAUUUCACAGUAAUUAAUACGAGUUUGACAACGCUAGACUCUGCAUCAAGUAAUGAUUCCACAACCAUCGACGCUACUACAUCAAUACUAUACUCCACGUUAAUCAAUGAUUCUACGAACAUAGAUGUGACUACAACAACGCUAGAAUCAGCAACAAUCAACGAAUCCACAACUACAGUUACUACUACUACAACGCCAGAUUCGGAAUUAACUAGUGAUUCUACGAACAUAAAUACGACUACAGCAAUGCUAGACUCUACAUCAAGCAAUGAUUCCACAACUAUAGAUACCACUACAACAACGCCAGAUUUAGAAAUAACUAGUCAUUCUACGAACAUAAGUACGACUACAACAACGAAGGAAUCCACCGCAAGUACUGCUUCUAUGAGUACGAAUGUGACCUCUCCUACAGUAUUUUCUACAACAACAACUGAUUUUACAACAGCAGACACAUCUUCGACAAUACUCAUCACUACGAUAACCACUCAUCCCACAACUUCUAGGAUCACUUUAGCAACAACUUCCAUAAGAACAACUGCUUCGACCACGACAGCGUCUGCAGUGUCUACUCAUCACAUGACAAGCACUGACUUUACGACUUCACACACUAUCAUCACUACAACUCGUCCUAUUUGUAAUGAAUCUAGUCAUAUACUUCUGUCAAAUGGUACUUGUGUGUCGAAACUGGAUGCUCAGAUUGCUACGGUAAAUAGUUUACGUAAUAGAACAAAUAACAGUAGUAUUAUAGUCAAUGCUCUCUCAUUAUAUUUUGCAUCAAUCAUUAAUGCUAAUAUAACGCAGAAUUCCAAUUAUAUUUUCCGACCUAAUGAGAUUGAUGAAUUUCUUGGUACUCCUAGCAAUGCCACUUUGAUUGCCAACAGCAAUACGUCAUUUAUUAUGUUUCAACAGCUUCUUGGAUAUUCAAACGUAUCAACUGUGGGUGGUGUAUUUAGACGUGGCACUGGUGGCCAAGUUGUCAAUACUACUGAUGCACGUGAUGUGACCAACUCAAGUUUUUCAGCAGCAGCUUUUAUCAGCAAUGAAGCUUUACUUGGUGUUACGUCUUUCAAUAUGCUCAUUAUUGACAAACCUACAACAUAUGAAAAUAUAGAUAAUUCAACGAAUAAAACCCUUGCAUCAUCAGUUAUCGUGGCUACUGUACAGCGCAGUGGUUCUCGAAAUGUGCCAAUGAAUAUUUCUCUCUAUUUUCAAGUAUUGAAUGAAUAUCAGCCAAAUAGAAGUGCUGAUUAUUUUUGUUCAUUUUAUGAUACAACAAAUUUGAAAUGGAAUGAAUCCGGUUGUAGAAGACCUCGUUAUAAUUCAACAUUUGAUCGAUAUGAAUGUAUUUGUCAUCACUUAUCUACUUUUGGACUCGUUUGGUUGCCAAAUAUCAUUUGCAAUACCUCUACGCACGUAGAAUUUCCUGAUCAUGGUUGUGUUUCUAAACCUGAGGCGCAAGUAUUGGCAGUAAACACAUUGCGAAAAACCACAAAUUCAACUGUUAUUGCUAAGUAUCUCUCAAUUUAUAUAAGCUUGCUUGCGCAUUCGAAUGCAAUUUUAAACCAAUCUUAUACUCUCAAUGUUAACGAAAUCGAUACCCUUGUAUCCAAAAUAAACGCUCCUAAUAUAACAGAAAAUACAACUGAUUCAAUACUUGUUGCAUUUCAACCCAAACAAGGAGAAAAUAGAAUAGUUUUAGGUGCUUCAUUUACACGCGGUGUUGGUGGCAAAAUUGUUGAUAAUUUCAAUAAAGACAAUGUUACCAAUUCAUAUUUCUCAACUGCAGCACUUAUCAGCAAUCAAUCUCUAACAGGUGUCAUAUCUAUUAAUAUACUUAUCAUUGAUAAACCUGUAACAUAUGAAAAGGCAGAUAAUUCAUCAAACAAAACGCUCGCAUCAUCAGUUAUCGUCAUGGCAAUCAAGAGAGAUGCUUCUGUAUCCAAUCCAAUGAAUAUCUCCCUUUUUUUUCAGGUUUUGGAUGAAUAUAAACCAAAUAAAUCUUUAAAAGUCGAUUACUUUUGUUCAUACUUUGAUACAACUAAUUCUACAUGGAAUGAAUCCGGUUGUACGAUACCUCGAUAUAAUUCAACAUUUAAUCGACACGAAUGUGUUUGCAACCAUACCACUUCCUUUGCUCUUAUUUGGUUGCCAAAAGUACCUCUUACACGUCAUUUCAAUGCACAAGAUAUUGCAUCUCUUGUAUUUCAAUCAAUAUCCAUUUGUUGCUUUUUGGCUAUUAUUAUUCAUGCCAUUAUUAUACGAAUUCGAGAUCCAAUUAUGAGUUUACAAACAUAUGAUUUACCACCAUUAAUUUCAUGCGGAAUGACAGUAAUUCUCUUUGCUUUUUACAUAGCUCUAGCCAUUACAGUCUACAUGAAAACAACAUUUGAUGAUGAAAAGCAAUGCUUUCUAAGUUCAAGUGUGUUAAUGUUUUUUGUUUAUUUCUUUUUAAUUUUAAUGCUUUGCACCAAAACAAGUGUUGGAUAUUUUAAUUAUCUACGUUUUGUUUGUCUAUUUCCUGCACCAUCAUAUCGGCGGUUGCUGCAGAUGUUGGUAGGGUCAUGUUUCAUUUCAGUCGCAUGGGUAGCUUUCGCCGCUGGGUUUAAUUCUAAUCCAUCAUUUCAAAUUACUCAAUUAUAUCCAUAUAAACUUUGUUGGUUUACACGUCCUGCUAUAUAUUAUUUUCUAACCAUACCUGUUGGUCUGUUUCUCUUAAUUAAUAUAUUUAUAUUUAUUCGUGUAGCUCAACGUAUGCUACGUCAUGUUCGAAAUUCAACAUCACGUCAUCAUUCACAUGAAAGAAUGAAAACGUGUGUAAUAAUAUUACUUUUUUCGUGUGCAACACAAGGGAUUGGUUGGCUUCUCGGUCCAUUUUUGACAAUUGCUACUCCCGAAGCUGCAAAUGUUUUAGGAUGGAUUUUUAAUAUAUUUAAUGGAUUAGAAGGUUUAUGGGUAAUUCUUCUCUAUUUAGUAAUACGAUCACAACGUAUAAGUGAACAAAAACGUGUUGUAGCUGCUAAAGAAAUAAGAAAAUCAAAAGAAUCAAAAUUAAAAUCUCGUAAAUAUAAAAAAACUUUUGAAGAAAAUAAUCAAGAAAAAGAUCGUAACAUUACAAGAAACACCGAAGUUAAAUCUCGAAAUAGAUUAAAAGAAACUUCACACUCGUUCGAUGACUUUCGCGAUAUCACGAUGAUAGCACUUCGUGUUGAUAAUGAUACUAGAACCUCAUACUGUUGA